GGGCGUGAAGCACCGCCAAUGAAAAUCUAAGAACGGAAGUUCACUCAACCAUCUCGUCGCUUACUGUAGAAACGUCUCCUCGCUCGAAAAUUCACACAUUUUGCAUCGAUAAUAUCCCGCAUCAUUCUACAGAGUUUCAUUGAGCGGCGAUCAUGGGCGAGCACCUCUUCCCAGGGACUUGUCUCUCAACUGUACCCCAUGGCCUAUGGAUUGGUUACGAUGGGCGAAUGUCCGUCGGCGGAAAUGUCCGUGACAUUCUUCUUCACUAUUUUGGAUGCCUCCGAGGGGAUGGAAAGCUAGAUGCGAAUAGACUCUUACUGCAAGAAAGAGAAUUGUCCGAGUCUGAAGAAAAAAACCUUCGUAGAUAUUAUCAGCGACAGAAAUUUUUCGAUUCUCUGCCCGAGCACGAGAAACACCGCAUUAUGGAUGAAAGACAGCGCAUUGACGACUUGAGGAAGUUGCUUGAGCUCGACGACGAGACGAGAGGCCUUGUGUUAAGAUUUGAGAAGAGUCUGCAAGAAUGGCGUCCUGGACCGGCAAGGGUGUCAAGAGAGAGCCUCCCAGAAGGCGAUGUUUUGCACAAGGAAAAUGCGUUCGGUUUGAGUGCACACAUGAUGCUCUUUAAGGAUAGAAGAGAGGCCGGAGUUGGUGGUUACACGGGAGUGGCAGAUCAGGCAUUUCCAGAAAACUUCCCCAAUCAGAAGAUACCCCUCAAGGAUCUGCUGUACAACAGGGACGGGAACUCAAAUCCCCUUACGAGACCCUGUUCGGAUGGGAUGAUCCGGUAUUUCCAUCUCCCGGAAAAUAACAUGGAAUGGAUAGAGGUAAAUCGUGAACGGCCAACAUCAUUAGUUCUAAGUUUAGUGUUUUCAGGAAGCAAUUGCGCGUUAUUAUGCAGAGGAACGACCCUACUAUGAUGACCUAUAUCGACAGCCUGAGAACCCCACAAAGUCUUACAUGAUUCUUCAACCUGCUCUCUGGAGAGGCCAGCAGCAGGGUGGUAGGGGUGAUGCUGUAUAUGCAAGGCAAAUGAGACCUCGGUGUGAGAGGAUGUCUACAAACCCUCGACACCUUGAGGAGUCUCCAAAUAAUCUGGCACUGUU